UUUAUCAGGUUUUGACGUUUUGUGCAUUCAAAAGCAGGUCCGUUGGGGUAAAAAAUCAAAUCAUCAUCCACAAGUUUUUAGGGGAUUGCAAGAAACCAUUUAUCCAAAUCUCGUCUCCCCUUAAAUCUUUACAAACAAGCCGUCAUCCCAUUAGUUAAACCUCAAAAAAGAUCGGCAUUUUCAUUUCCUUUAUCUGGCUUCUUGAAUCUUGAUAAUCACCCAAUAUUGUUUUUAACUUUGGGAAUCAACAAUCGGUUGAAUACCCAGGCGGGUGUGGUCUUCAUUUGAAAAGAAAACAAGCAAACGCGUCGAAGUCUAGAAUCCUGCCUGGGGUUUUCUUUUGCACACCGUCUGCUCGAUCAUUUGCCCGUGUGAAGUUUUUUGUUAUAAUUCAUCGCAACAAAGUGUCGGUAUUCUUUGCUUGACAAAAUUAGCAACGAGAUUAGGGUUCUUCAGAGAAAAGAUGACGAUUGACUUGGUACCAGGGAGUUCAGGGUUAAUCGACGCUGGUGGUGACAAGAAAAUCACAUAUUUUAGCAACAAAUACGUGCUGGGCUUGACUGUAAUUGCCGGCAUUGGUGGUCUCCUUUUCGGUUACGACACAGGAGUCAUAUCAGGAGCCCUUCUAUACAUCCGUGAUGAUUUUAAAGCAGUCGAUCAAAGCAGUGUCUUACAGGAGUCAUAUCAGGAGCCCUUCUAUACAUCCGUGAUGAUUUUAAAGCAGUCGAUCAAAGCAGUGUCUUACAGGUACAAAAAAGUUCACUUCCCAACUUCUUAAUCGGUGGCAUCUAGAAGCACAAAGUCUCAACAACCUCGACUUUACCAAUGAGACAAUUGUUAGCAUGGCUUUACUUGGUGCCAUAAUCGGAGCUGCAACUGGUGGGUGGAUAAAUGACACACAUGGGCGAAAAAGUGCUACACUUAUUGCUGACGUCAUCUUUGCAGUUGGAUCUUUUGUGAUGGCUAGUGCCCCUGAUCCAUAUGUGCUUAUAUUUGGUCGAUUAUUGGUUGGAAUUGGUGUUGGAAUUGCUUCUGUUACAGCUCCAAUGUAUAUUGCUGAAGCUGCACCUUCGGAAAUAAGAGGAGGGCUUGUGAGCACCAAUGUGCUUAUGAUCACUGGUGGACAAUUUCUUUCGUAUCUUGUUAAUCUUGGCUUCACACAGGUUCGUGGGACAUGGCGAUGGAUGCUUGGAAUUGCUGCUAUUCCUGCCAUCCUUCAGUUUUCCUUGAUGUUGCUUUUACCCGAAUCACCUCGUUGGCUAUACAAAAACAGAAGUAGUUCAGAGGCAAUUGCCAUGUUGUCAAAGAUUUAUGAUCCUGAUCGAUUACAAGAUGAACUCCAACAGCUUUCUGCUGCCUUAGAUGAAGAACGCAGAAACAGGAAUUCUGUGAGAUAUCGUGAUGUGUUUAAAAUUAAAGAAAUCAGACUUGCAUUUGUGGCUGGAGCUGGUUUACAGGCAUUUCAACAAUUCACCGGAAUCAACACUGUCAUGUACUACAGUCCAACGAUAGUCCAAAUGGCCGGAUUCGGAUCAAACCAAUUAGCCCUUCAACUCUCUCUCAUAGUCGCAUUAAUGAACGCCGCCGGAACAAUCGUCGGAAUCUACCUCAUCGACCACGUCGGCCGCCGGAAACUCGCGCUCAGCAGCCUAACAGGGGUAAUUCUGUCAUUAAUCCUUCUCGCGGUUGCGUUCUUCCUUGAAUCAUCCGGACACGCCAACAUGGGAUGGGUUGCGGUUCUUGGAUUAGUGCUUUAUAUUUCCGCUUUUGCCCCUGGGAUGGGGCCGGUUCCGUGGACGGUGAAUUCCGAGAUAUAUUCGGAAUCGUAUCGCGGGAUUUGUGGCGGAAUGUCGGCUACGGUGAAUUGGGUGUCGAAUUUGAUUGUUGCUCAGAGCUUUCUUUCGAUUGCGGAUGCGGUUGGAAUUGGGAUGACUUUUUUGAUUUUGGCGGGAAUUGGGGUGGUGGCGGUGGGUUUUGUGGUGGUGUUUGUGCCGGAGACUAAAGGGUUGACUUUUGAGGAGGUGGAGAAGUUGUGGAGGGAAAGGGCUUGGGGAUGUGGUAAUAAUGGUAAUGUAACACAAUCCCUACUUGAAGAUGAUGAGGCAUAGUUUUUGUUGAUGUCUUAAAAAAUAUAUAUAUAUAUA